CUCAGGCACUGGUUGAAAUGGGCGAGGCGAUGAAACAGAUGGCAGACGUGAAAUAUUCUUUGGACGACAACAUUAAACAAAACUUCCUGGAGCCGCUGCACCAUUUGCAGACCAAAGAUCUGAAAGAAGUGAUGCAACCCAGUAGUACAAUUUUUAAUAUCUUCGCCGGCGCAAAUUUUGCGAACAGGUUCUCACGUUUCAGACGACGAGAUUCGUCAGGCCGAGGAGAAAUUUGCAGAGAGUCUUCAUCUGGCACAAUUGGGCAUGUUCAAUCUUUUGGAGAAUGAUGUAGAACAAGUGGCACAGUUAGCAACGUUCAGUGAAGGUCUUCUGGAGUAUCAUCAGCAAUGUAUUGAGAUUCUAAGAACACUAACGGAAACACUUUUGGAGAAGAAAGACGAAGCGGCAAACAGACCAAAAAUGGAAUUCGUGCCGAAGACAUUGGCCGAUUUACACGUCGAUGUAUUACCUACAUCGGAUGCUAUGAACGGUGGGAACUUCUCUUUUCAUGCUUCUCCCUUACCAUCUCCAAGUAAAUCACCAGCUAGGACUCCGAUGACAAGACAACCAUGCUGCACAGCUUUAUACGAUUUUGAGGCAGAGAAUCCUGGAGAACUCAGUUUUAAAGAGAAUGAUACGAUCACUUUGACCAAGAAGAUCGACGAGAACUGGUACGAAGGUAGCCUGAACGGUCGCACAGGUUACUUCCCAGUAACUUAUGUGCAAGUUGUAGUGCCAUUACCU